AUGGCUGCCUCUAACGACCUUCGGGGAUGGGUGAUGAGCGCCGUCUCUGGCGUCGCCUGCAUCCUUGGGUCCUCCGUCAUUUGCAUCGACAUCCUCCUCCGCCGCUUUUGGCCUCGAAGUCACUUCCAGAUCGUGAACAAUAAUGCCUUCCUGUCCGCAUCACUCUCACUCAGCGCGGGUGUUAUCCUUUUCACCUCGCUAUAUAGCAUGCUGCCCACCUCCCACGAAUACCUUAUGAAAGCUGGCUGGUCGCCCUCCCGCUCGGCAUACGGACUCAUUGGCCUCUUUAUUGCUGGAGUUGUAGGUAUUCGCUCACUUUCGGCCUUGUUACAUAAGUUUCUUCCAUCUCAUGUGGUCGAUUGUGCCCAUACUCAUGAACCUGCACCCCACCACGGCUCCGACCUCGAACAAGGCAAACCCAAGCGCAACUCUAUAAUCUCUCAAAAACACACCGCGAUGUCCGAGAGAACUCCUCUCUUAACUAGAUCACCCAAGUCUACACCAGCUGGGGCUGGUCUUCCCAUGGCAGAACAACAGGCCGACGGAGCUGCCCGCUUGGGACCGGAACCCUGGCGGGUCCGCCUCGGGCGGCGCUUGAGUGGUUUCAUUGGCGGCGCAAAGGCUCAUUGCGAUGAAAAUGGCCCGUGCUAUGGGUUCUCGCAAGCUUGCGGCGAGGAGUGCUCAAAGACACUUAUUCAUCCUGUAAUUACCGCAGACGAUGCCUCCGAUACAGACAUUCCACCACCUGAGCAUUCACCGAAUAAUUCCAGCUGCUCCUCCCAUAUGGAUGUGGUGGUCGAUGGCCCAUCUUCACCCGUCAGUGAACAUGAUGAACAGCAUAAGCAGUCGACUUCUGGUCCCCAACAUCACCAUCACGUACCCCAGAAUGCUUUUCUCUCUAUUGGCUUACAAACAUCCGUAGCCAUUGCGCUGCACAAACUCCCUGAGGGUUUCAUCACAUAUGCCACUAACCACGCGAGUCCGACUCUCGGGAUGACAGUUUUCCUAGCUCUCUUUAUCCAUAACAUCAGUGAAGGUUUCGCCAUGGCACUGCCCCUCUAUCUAGCCAUUCAGUCUCGCGGCUGGGCGAUGUUCUGGUCUAGUCUUUUAGGUGGCAUUAGCCAGCCUGCCGGGGCUGGACUGGCGGCACUCUGGAUUUGGGGUGCGCGUAAGGCCGGUAGUGGGGCCGGCGAUGGCCAGAAUGAGGCAUCUUGGGCUGUUUAUGGUUGCAUGUUUGCCGUUACAGCGGGGGUUAUGGUCUCUGUCGGCUUGCAGCUGUUUACUGAAGGCUUAGUCUUGACGCAUCAGCGGAACAUGGCGAUUGGCUUUGCUAUUGGAGGCAUGGGCCUGAUGGGCCUGAGUUUUGCAUUGACGGCGUGA